GCAGCACUAAACGAGCUGUGAAUGGCGGUAUAACUGAACGCCCAGAAGAAGAAGCACACAAUAUCAGUUUGGCCCACAGAACGUUUGGAGCGCUAAAAUGGCAAACGUGCGCUGUUUGCAAAAAGCAUUACGUUUGCAAAAGUUCGUCCUGCCAAUCAAUGCGCAGGCCAGUCGUCUAAGCUCCAGCGUCGCCUCCAGCAGCAGCAGCAAUCACAACAACACACUCAAGCGCGCACAGUCCACAACAUGGACAACUUUAACCCGCAGUUACACCAAAGAUAGCGAUAAGCUGGAGGAUUUCCGGGCACGCGAGGAGCAACGCGAGCGGGAACGCGAUGCUGCCGAACACAAGACACAAACAGAGACUAGUGGUGGAGGAGGAACAGCCUCCUCCUCGGGAGAGCAAAGCCAGCAAAGCGAACAGCAGUCUGAGAAACAAGCCAAAGUUGACGCAAUACGUCGCAAGAUACUGGAUGCAGCCAUGGAGCAUGUGCCGCAGCAUGGCUGGACCAAGCAGGCCAUUGUGCUGGGCGCCGAGUCCAGCGGUUAUCCCAGUGUCGUCCAUGGCAUGUUUCCUGAAGGCGGCUUUGCGCUAGUCUCCCACUUUAAUGGAAAGUGCAACGCGCAGCUGGUGGAGUAUCUGCAGCACAAGACCGACAAUGGGCAGAAAGAGGUAGCUGAUCCAUUGGGUUUUCUGGUGCAAGCGGUGCGACGACGUUUCGAGAUGAUUGUGCCGUACAAGAAACAGUGGCCUCAGGCAAUGGCGCUGAUUGCACAGCCCCAACAUGCGUCCACAGCGCUGGCGCAAGUGCUAACGCUGGUCGAUGACAUUUGCUACUAUUCUGGCGAUCGCUCCGUGGACUUCGGUUGGUAUACGCGACGCAUUGGACUCGCGACGAUUAUGAAGAUGACGGAGCUUUAUCUGCUGCAGGACACGUCACCAAAACAUGUCCAAACCUGGGAGUUCCUUAAGAAUCGCAUGGAUGAGGCUGUUCAACUGCAAAUGACUUUGGCGCAGACCGACGGCGUCACACAAAAAGUGCAACGUUCCUUCAACUCGGCCUUCAUAACUGCGCGGAAUAUUUUGGGUCUGGGCUACAACCGCGAUUAGUAACAUCAACAACAGCACUUGCCACAGCGUCUGUGUGUGUUAUGUAUAAACAAAUAUAUAUAUAUACAAAGAUUUACACUAACAAAAAAAAACAACCUUAUAACUAUACUAUGUAUUUUCAUAUAUUGUUUUUAAAGGUGGUUAGCUACGUUUAUGCGGUGAUUUUGUUGUUUUAGUGUUGAGUAGUGUCCACAUAUUAAGCGAUCGUCCUCGCGCUGUUAUUACCUAUCGGUUUUCUAUCGAUUUAUUUCUUGCACAGCAGCCAUCUUAUAUUGUUGGCGGUAAAUUUGAAGCUAUUUUAAAUGUGUGCAGCACUUUAAGUUUACUUUGUUAAAGGUUAACAAUUGUUGUUUUAUUUUAUUUCUAACAUGCAACUAAUCACAAUGUUUGUCGCAUUAACGUAGCUAGCUGCUGCAUUCUUAUUGGAAUGUGAUAUUGCUACAAUUAUAAAAUCAGUCCAUACCUGAUAUUUUUAGUUGGUGCACUUAUGUAUGUUCGAUUAAAUGUUGUUUGAACCAAUGACAAUUAA